GAGCUGCGCCACGGCCCGGCCCACCAAGCGUGACCUCUGACCUCUGUGUGUCGUCCCUCAGAAAGACCAAUCUCAUCUUGACAUGUCGGUUUUCUUUCACCUCUGACCUCACUGCUUCCUGUCUUGCAGCCAUCCUGCUGGGGGAGUCGCAGCGCUCCCCUGCGACCUUUCACCUCCAGUAUGUGGGCAGAAGGAUGACUGGUGAUGUCACAGCUGUGGGCGGGGCUGGCAGUCAAAGGCAACUUCUUUAAAAGCAGCCGUUUUACUGCCGUUUUAAAGACACUGUUUGAAAACAAUUAAGGUUCACACAGCCCAUCUUCCUGAAUGUCUUGUUCUAUGGUUUUGAAGCAAUGUGUACUUUUAAAGUGACCCUUGCUACAACAAGAUGAGUUCCAGCUCUGACAUUUAAGAAGUGGACCCUCGCGCUCCUUACCUGUGUGCUUCCGUGCGUGGGCAAUGAGCGAGGACGAGACGGAGAAGGACAUGCCGCAAAGGUCGCACUGGUACGGUUUCUCCCCCGUGUGGCGCCGCUUGUGAUAGGUCAGCGUGCUAGACUGAGCGAAGGCCUGACCGCAGAUGUCGCACACGUAUGGUUUUUCUCCGCUGUGCAGCCUGGAGGGGGCACAACACCUGGUCAGCAGCACGCAAACGACGCCUCGCCGCACUCCACCUACUUGAUGUGGAUCUUGUAGUUGGACGAGGUGGCGAACUUGAAGCCGCAGCGCUUGCACGUGUACGGCUUUUCCUCGCCGUGGUGCAUGCGGCGGUGAGCCACCAGCUGGCACUUCUGAGCGAAGCAUUUGUCGCAGCUGGAGCAGCUGAAUGGCUUCUCGCCUGAACACAAAGUAACAGUGGAGUGAGUUUUGAGCUGUGUGGCUUGUCUGAAGGAUUUGGAGCAGAAGAUGCAGAUGAAAGGACAGGUUCAUGUUCUCAGUCCCAGAAGGAUCUUGUUCUCCUUCCUCUCCUCCCUCACCGCUGUCGUCAUCGUCCUCGUCCAGCCGCCGCCUGCCUCGCCCCCUCCCUCUGCCGCGCCCCCGGCCGCGACCUCGCCGCCUCUCCCCGAUUCGGAGGCGCAGCCUCUUGGCAGGGGACUCGUCCAAAGAGGGGCUCCAGUCUGCUGAUGUGUCCCCAAAGUCCUUCAAGCCGGCGUCGAACUCCUCCAAGUAGGGAUCUUCGCUCUUGAUGACCGCUCUGCCCCGUCCUCUCCCGCGGCCCCUCCCCCGGCCCCUGUAGACCGGAGGUCUGGGCAUGUCGUCUAAAAACUCUGUCAGCUCGCUGCCGAAACCUUUGGGCUUCCUGCCUCUCUUCCUCCCCAUCCCCCUUCCGCCACUCAUGUAGUCCUCAUCACUCGGGAUCCCUUCCUCCUCCUCCAAACCCACAUCCUCACCCACGUCUUCCUUUUCCUGCUUUUUGCUGUCCGGCCCCUCCUCCACACAUGCUCCCGAGACCGAGGCGAUGGACAAAGUGACGGGCGAGUGGGGACUGCCCGGAGAGCCGGGACUGACCGGAUACAGGCCGCCGUCUUUGUCCGCCUCACUGGCCUCCAACCAGGGGUGACUUUCCUCCAGGUACUUUGUGGCUUCUGACAUGCCCAGAAAGAUGGCGGCUCGGCGGACGGCAACUUGUCUGGUGCUGUAAAAACAAGGAAACAUCAAAUGUUACUUAAGGCGUACUUACAGUAGGACAAUUGUCCCACCGCUUCGACACAAUACCGUAUUUUUCAGACUACAAGCCUACGCUUUGAACCCGGCGGCUUAUAAAACGGCGUGGCUAAUUUAUGGAUUUUUCUUUGCCAACGGCCAUCAUGUUUUUAAUCCAACAAAUUAGAGAUGUCCAAUAAUAUCGGACUGCCGAUAUUAUCGGCCGAUAAAUGCUUUCAAAUGUAAUAUUGGAAAUUACCAGUAUCUGUUUCAAAAAGUAAAAUGUAGGACUUUUUAAAACGCUACUGUACGGAGUUGUACACGGACAUAGGGAGAAAUACAGAACACCAAUAAACCUUAAAGGCACUGCCAAUUGCAUAAUAUCUACGGCUUUUCACACACACAAGUGAAUGCAAAGAUAUUUGGUCAACAGGCAUACAGGUCACACUGAGGGUGGUCGCAUAAACAACUGUAACACUGUUAAAAAUAUGCGCCCCACUGUGAACCCACACCAAAAAAGAAUGACAAACAUUUCGGGAGAACAUCCGCACCGUAACGCAACAUAAACACAACAGAACCCCUUUAAGCACUAACUCUUUCGGGAUGCUACAAUAUACACCCCCUCCUACUCCAUACCCCAAAACCCCGCCCCCCAAACCUCCUCAUGCUUUCUCAAGGAGAGCAUGUCCCAAAUUCCAAACUGCUGUUUUGAGGCAUGUUAAAAAAAAAUGCACUUUGCGACCAUAAUGAUGAAUAUGGCAGUGCCAUUUUUUUUCUAUAACUUGAGUUGAUUUAUUUUGGAAAACCUUGUUACAUUGUUUAAUGCAUCCAGCGGGGCAUCACAACAAAAUUGGGCAUAAUAAUGUGUUAAUUGCACGACUGUAUAUAUCGGUUGAUAUCGGAAUCGGUAAUUAAGAGUUGGACAGAAUCGGUAUAUUGGAUAUCGGCAAAAAAGCCGUUAUCGGACAUCUCUUAAACCUAACCUAAUUAGUUGCUAUGGUCAUGUACGUCAAAGCAGCUCAGACGAGGCACCAAGCAGUGUGGGCGGGAAGUGUUUCCACAGACGCGGAAGGAGAUUUUCACAACAAAUUUCUAAAGCUUAGUGAUAUAUACAUCCAUCCAUUUUCUACUGCUUAUUCCAUUUGGGGUCACGGGGGGCGCUGGUGCCUAUCUCGGCUACAUUCGGGCGGAAGGCGAUAGUAUAGAAAGUACUUUAUUAAUCCCUGGGCGGAAAUUCAGCAAAUAUCAGAUGUAUGAGACUUUAGGUGGGUUUAUUUUGUACCCUUUGCGUUCAUGUUUCAACAUUUGUUGCAUUUCACUUGAUUGGAAAAUAUGUCCAUCGAAAGUGGGUGGGAUUUCAUAUGUUGUCAAUAUUCAAUGUUUUAUCCUUCAUAGAAAAAUGGAAAUUUACGUUAUGUUUUUUAAGGCGGUCUGUUAUAACGUUUUUAAGCAUUCAAUCAGACAUUAUUUUGAGGUUUUGUAUUAGUGUUCCUAAAAAUAGAUACACAGCCCCCAGACACAUUUUUUUCUCUAAAUUUGCCCUCCCCCCCGAGUCAAAAUAAUUGCCCAGGCCUGGUCUGGAGAGUACAGUAGUUUCUGUUUCCAUAACGUGUCUACCUGCUGAGGUUCAUCUGUCCCGUGUAGACAAACUCCAGAAGUUUCUCCAGAGCGUAGCGGCUGACUUUGUCGGGGUCCAGCGUGGUCACCUCUUGACCCUUCUCCGCCUGGGAGGAGAAGUACUUGCUGAAGGCCGCCAGGAUGUUGCGGUGCGCCCGGAACUCCACGUCUCUCACCACGAUGGUGACGUCGCACAGGAAGUCCAUCUCCCGCUGCUGGUGGAGGCGUUGCAGGAGCAGCUUGCCAUGGUUGGCGCCAUGAGCCAUGGCUAGGAGAGAGGGAGCCCAAACGGUGUCGGAGUUGCUGAUUGGCCUGUCAGAGUACGUCAGUCUAACCUCCCCGGCAGCGCCCGACUCUGCACGGACGCAGCAGCGGCUGCCACCCAAGCCGCCGCCGCCACCAACACCGCCGCCGAUAGUUGCUGCUAGUGCGAGCGCGGCUCACUUACCUAGCACGCCGGCUGAGCCGUUAGCCCGACCAGCUGCCAGAGUCGCAACUUCACGCUCAUUCGCCGACUUCACACAUCAGGCGACGUUUGACAUAAAGAAAUGCGACUUGCAUGGUUUGGAGGAGGGGCCGCCAGUGAAGGCGGAGCUAACUCGCGAGCAGGGCCUGCAGUAUUACCGCACCAUGCAGACGGUGAGGCGCAUGGAGCUGAAGGCCGAUCAACUCUACAAGCAGAAAAUCAUCCGCGGGUUCUGUCACCUGUACGACGGACAGGAAGCGUGCGCCAUCGGCAUCGAGGCCGCCAUCAACCCCACCGAUCACCUGAUCACGGCCUACCGAGCGCACGGCUACACGUACACCCGCGGCGUGUCCGUCAAAGAGAUUCUGACCGAGCUCACAGGCAGAAAAGGGGGCGUGGCCAAAGGCAAAGGAGGCUCCAUGCAUAUGUACGCACCCCAUUUCUAUGGCGGGAACGGCAUUGUGGGAGCGCAGGUUCCGCUGGGUGCCGGGGUCGCUCUGGCCUGCCAGUACCAAGGCCACAAUCAACUCUGCGUGGCGCUAUACGGCGACGGAGCAGCCAAUCAGGGGCAGAUCUUUGAGGCCUUCAACAUGGCCGCUCUCUGGAAGCUGCCGUGCAUAUUCAUCUGCGAAAACAACAAAUACGCCAUGGGCACGUCAGUGGAGAGGGCGUCGGCCAGCACGGACUACUACAAGAGAGGCGACUACAUACCGGGAAUAAGGGUGGACGGGAUGGACGUCCUGUGUGUGAGGGAGGCGGUCAAGUUUGCAGCAGACCACUGCCGAGCCGGAAAGGGUCCGGUUGUGAUGGAGCUACAGACUUACCGUUACCAUGGACACAGCAUGAGUGACCCGGGGGUCAGCUACCGCUCCCGGGAGGAGAUCAAGGAAGUGCGCGUUAAGAACGACCCCAUCGCCAUGUUGAAGGAGAGGAUGCUGGAACACAAUAUGGCGUCUGUCGAAGAACUGAAAGUAAUGGACGUGGCCAUCAGGAAGGAGGUGGAGGAGGCCGCCUUGUUUGCCACGUCUGAGCCCGAGCCGCCGCUGGACGAGCUUUGCAACCACAUGUUCAAAGGCAACGCGCCCCUGGAAGUGCGUGGGACCAACCCCUGGUCUAAGCUCACGUCCGUAAGCUAGUCCGGUAGCUGGGCCCGCAGCCUGGGACUGGAUCCCUCUUGACGCUAAAACGAGGCCCUGAAGAGUCUGAGAACUUUGCAGCAUUCAGCACCUUCCCAAGCCUGGAAUUGGACCCGUGACACUUUUUAUAGAUGUAUUUAUUAAUAAUAUAUUCAACCUUUUACUGAAACAGCUUAUGGCUUUUAUCAGUCAUUGUAUUUAUGUAAAGAUUCUCUACGGUAUUUUAUUUUUGUUACAUCCUCGUAGCAAUCAAGCACUUUGGUUUACAGGUAGUUUGUCUUUUUUUUAACAGAAAAGUAGGAAUUUAACAGUUGUAUGUUGGAUGCCAACUGACUCAAUAUAUGUGCUCAAAAACGUGAUAUUCUAUCAACCGCCGCUAGGUGUCUCUGCAGAGCUAGACGUGUAAUGGUAAUGAAAUGCAGCCAUGGCAACAAAACAUGUUUUAUGUGUUUGUGUUGGUAAAAAAAAAAAAAAAGCCUGAUACUAUUUCACAAGUUUCAGUAGGAGGAGCAUCAAA